UUUAAAAAUGGACGAUUUUUGUAUGUUCUUAUUUGUAUUUACGUCGCGUAGUUGUACAGUCGUCGAAAAUAUUCCCGGGGUGAAAAAUGAGCGAACGAAACGAGAAAAUCCUAGUGGAACUGAUGAAAUUUUCCGGUAACAAUGUUUGUGCCGAUUGCGACUCGAAAAAUCCUGCCUAUGCUUCCUACAAUUUGGGCAUAUUCAUAUGCGAACGAUGCUCGGGAGUGCACAGAAGCAUGGGCGUACACAUCAGCAAAGUGAAGCACCUGAAACUGGACAAGUGGGAAGAUUCCCAGGUGGAACGAAUGAAAGAGGUGGGCAACAAAAGGGCCAAAAUGAAGUACGAAGAAAGGGUGCCGCCUUGCUAUCGGAUACCCAAAGAAGACGACCCACAUAUCUUGAUCGAGCAAUGGAUCCGUGCCAAAUACCAACGCGAAGAAUUCUGCUACCCGGAACGACAAUCCUACACCAGCGGCUACUUUUCCGGCUUCCUAAUGAAACGCGGCAAAGAAGACAGCCGCUACAGAUCCAGGAAAUUCAUCUUAUCCGAACAAGACGACACCCUAAAAUAUUACAUCACCGAGUACAAAGACCCAAAAGCCAUUUUACGAAUAUCUGAACUCAAUGUUGUCCUUUCACCUGAAAAAAUGAGCCCCUACAUUAACUCUUUGCAAAUCACUUUUCUUAAAGAUGGUACCACCAGACACAUUUAUGUAUACCACGAUGAGGCAGAAGUUAUUACGAAUUGGUACAUGGCAAUACGCUGUGCCAAAUUGCACCGGCUUCAAGUGGCUUAUCCUUCAGACAGCCAAACAGAACUGUCAAAGUAUUUGACUGAGGAUUUUGCCAAAGAAGGUUGGCUGUGGAAAACUGGCCCUAGAACUAGUGAUGGCUUCAAAAAACGCUGGUUCGCUUUGGACAAUAGAAAGCUAAUGUACCAUGACGAUCCUAUGGAUGCUAAUCCAAAAGGAGAAAUAUUUAUUGGUCAUAUGGCUGACGGUUAUGGUAUUAAGAUGGGUGUGUCCACAGGAGUUAAGGACCAAGGAUUUUCGUUUAUGCUGACCACACCUGACAGAGUCUACAAUUUGUCAGCGCAGUCAGAAAUUGACCGAGACCUUUGGAUCGAAGUACUGGAAAGGGUGAUUGAGAAGCCGCUCACUGCCCAAGACAUUGCAGUAUCGGCUCGUUUGGUUCGCAAGAGGACCAGCUCAAACUCGAUCAGCAUAUUUUCGCCUAGGUAGUUCCUAUGGACAUAUCCGAGAUUUGCCUAAAACUUUUUUUUAGCCUAGUCCACAUACGUAAAGCAGAACUCAUUUUUAGUGGGUACUCAGUAUGACUUGGACCAACUGAAUCAUCAUUUCUCAUGCUUGGGUUCAUCAGCGUUGUCAAAUCAAUUCUGGGAUCAUUUUUGCAAAAUGUAAUCUCCAAUAGCAUUUACUAAACGUCUUCAAAUACAGGGUCAAUUUUUAUAUAUAUAUACGGAUACCCUGUAUGUUGGAGGCAAAUUUUGUACAGACGAUUUAUAUUAUUGUAUAAAUUAAAAUUAAUUUAGGGCCUAUCUUGUAAGUGGCGAGGAUUUAUGUGUCCAGAUAUUUAACCGACAACACUAAGGUCUGUCACUUAUUAAGUAUUGUGGAUCAAAUAUCAGGACACCCUGUAUAAACACCUAGAAAGAUAAUUUUGUUUGUUUUGGUAUGAUAAAUUGUUCUGUUAAUACCUAUAUAGCCAAAAUAAUGAUUCCAGUUGUAUAUUAUUGUUUUGACACUAUUGUGUAAUGAUUUUUCUUUAGUUUUUGAUCUUGAGGAUUUUUAGAUUGGCGAGAUGUUCAUGGGAGGACUCAGCAGCGCCCCCUUCUGCCUUACUUCCGCUGUUAAAGUCUUUAAGAUCGUAUUUUAGUUUGUAGGCAAAGUUUUCAUCCAAACGAUCUUGUAAAUAUUUACUCUUUUUUUAGAUUUAUACACCAAAAUAUUUUUUAUUAGUAUUUAAGAACGAGAAUUUGUUUUAGUAUUUACCAAAUAAACAUUUUAUUUUAAU